CUCAACAAGCAUCAGCAGCGGACACCAAGGCAAAAGAAAAAUUAUAAAGAUGUAAUUUAGGUGGAAUUAACAGGAGAUUCACAUACCUCAAACUUCCACAACACCGUCAGACUUACAGAUGCCAUAAACCCAAUAUGAAUGCCAAUAGUACGUAAGAGAAAACAAGCUGAGAGGCCUCGGAACAGGAAUAAGACAAUAAGGGCUGAGAUGGUGUAGAAAUCAAGAGGAAACUGAAGAGCACUUAUACCUCCAAUGUCCAAGAUUUACUUCAAACUGAGUGAUAUUACUGCAAGCUCUAAAGAAAACACAAAUCAUAGUUUUACAUACUAAAGCAUACCCAAAAUUAUACCUGUAUUAUAAGAAGAAAGAAGAUCCAUGAAAAAGAUCAAGGGGAUGUAGACAACAAGUCUAAAAUCCAAUAAUAGACAGAAGAAGAACAGAUUAUCAUAUCGCGUUUCAAAAGUCAUUUAGUGGUGAAGGUGUAGUAAGGUGUGAAAAUGGAAAAAGUGGAGUAUCGUGCAGUGAUCAGAUUUUUAUACUUGAAUGGCCGCACACCACAACAGACCUUCAAUGAAAUGAAAGCAACUUAUGGGGAGGAUGCCCCAUCAUAUUACGUUGUUAAACAUUGGCAUCGCCAGUUCAGGUGUGGUCGGAAAUCUGUGGAAACGGCUCCUAUCCCAGGGCGACCCCAGUCUGCCAUUGAUGAGGACACCAUUCAUCAAGUGGAGUCGGCCAUUUUGGAAGAUAGCUGUAUUACUGUUCGUCAGCUAGCCCAAGAUGUCAAGAUUAGUGUUGGGGGAUCCUUUGUGAAGUCAUACAACACUUUCUGGGCUGGGGUUGCAACAGAGAAAGUGACCAUCAGCUUAGUUCCUCAGGACUCUGGCACACCCACAACAGCAAACACUUCUCCUUCCACAACUACCACUACAACCCCACCCACAACCACUACCUCAAGCCCAGCUCCUGUAAGCCCAGCUGUAGAUACAGAUCCUGCAGAGAAUGCUGGUGAUGUUGUCAUCAGUGUGGUUGAUGCACCUAGUGUGGCUGUAGUUGAAAAUGACCUCAUUGAGGCUGAUGAUAGUUCUCUUCCUCCUGCCCCUCCCUUACCUAUAACUUCCCCCUCCACAUCUACCAUUAUUCCUAGUAGUUCCGACAGUGAGAAUGAUAGUAGUCCUAGUACAGAAAGAACCAGAGAAAUCCAGGCUCCAGGAGAGAGGAACAGAGAUAAGCCAAAUUGCAGAUUUGGUUUGUUUAACCGCUUCAAGAUCACCAUGACCACUACAGCAAAGGCAACCACUGUCAAGGCUACCACCACACUUGCUCCCAGGCGACCAGUUAAAAGCCCCUCCAUUGUUAGUUCUCUGACAAAAGAAUGAGUUGCAUUAUCAGAAGUCUAGGAUUAAACUUGUAAUGGUAUUAAAAAGAUCUUGUAAAUAAGAGCAAAAUAUUUUAUCAGUGCAGUUAUAAGUUGUUUUUUUUUCAAUUUCAAUUGUAUACAGUUCAAAAGUUUAUGUUAACUAGAAAUAGGGAAAUAUCAGUUAAAUACUGUAGAAUUAAAAGUAAGAUCAUUUUCAGCUUGAGCAAUUCUAAAUUUCUUCAUAGUUAUUCAGCAGAAAAAAAGUAAGUAAAUAAGCAGACUACUAUAUUUCCCUGUAUUGUAAAACAUAUGUUGUAGUUAGAAUACUGAGAAUAAGUAGAGUAUUGUAUUUGAUUUUAUACAUUUUGAUUUUACACUAAUUCCUUUUGAUUGAAAAAUGGGUGGGAAACACAUAACCAUGUAUGAGACAUUAAACAAGAAUUAGUUAUGGUGAAGGUUUAUCUAAUUAAUUUUACGUAUUUGAAAUAUUGUUUCUAAUAAUAAACAUAACUGUUUUAAACAUAUGGCUUGCAUUUGCUGGUGGUGGACGUAUAAACGAUCUGCAUGAAUAUACCUUAAGCAGGAGUCGGAUAAGUACAGCAUUGGAAAGGUCUGGUGUGGCUCGCUGGUCUUCAAGUGUUCGUCCAAGUAGGAAAGGGAAAAGGGGAAAAGGCUUUCCCUACAGUGUUUCUUAUAGUGGUGUUUGGUAUACUGGAUGCAUGGAUGGAAUGUGGUGUGAAAGGUCUUGCAUUUCAUGUGGAAUGUUACAUGUCUUUGGAUUAUAUUUACUUUUGAUAUUUUGGGAUAUUAUUAUUUUUUCUUUCCUUUUUUUUCUUUGAUAUUUUUGGUGAUGGUUUAGAUAACUGAUAAUGGUUCCAUAUAUUAUACAAUAUUUGUUGCCUGUCCAUUAUUAAAAUUUGCUACUCUUCAUCAACCUUUCUAAUACUUCUACUGUUAUUAAAUUUUGCUCUUCCAAGUUAGUCUCUUUAAUGCUUUUGCUGUUACAUUCAUUGCCGUUUCAUUACCAUUAUUAUAUCCUUUUUUAAUUGCAGUCAAAAUUAAGAAUACAGAUCCCCUGUGUGUGAAUACCCUGUAUCCUUAAUUUUCAUUGUCCGCUUUUCAAAAAUGUCAGAAUGUGGUGAUAAGGAAUUAAUUAUUGAUAUUAAUAAUACCUUUAUGUAAUUACUAGAAUGUAUAGACACCAAGAUCCAUUGAUUUUAUUUGCUUUUUAAAUAUUUUCCAACCAAUUUAUAUUUGUGACUGAUGGUAUAUAUUCACUUCAAACUUAUUUAAUUUUAAAACAUGACUUCAGUGCUAAACAUUCCUCUCAUUUUUGGGUUGGUUAAUUUGGUCAUUGAGAUGAUUAUGGCUAUAAUCUUGGUCCUAAAUUGGAAGCACAUUGUCAUAAUUCUCUGUGCAAUAUGCUACAUAUUACAUUUUAUUACAUUACAAUAAACACAUCACAUAAAGCCAGAAAACAACCCAACACAAUACAGUACAGCAUUAUGCCAUAAUAUCCUGCUCAUGAUAAACAGAUUUACUAAUGGAUUUUUUGAAUAACAGAUAUUCCAGAGUCUGCAGCAUUCUAAGGAGGACAUCUA